AUGGGCUCCGUAAUAGGACCGAAAUUAGCAGAAAUUUAUAUGCUGGAUGUGGACAUGAUUCUUUCAACAUUAAAUGGAGUUAUGUUUUUUGCAAGAACAACAAAUAUAGAUAAAAGAAAAGAAGAAAUUGAAGAUACACAUAAGAAAUACAUCUUAAAUGGAUAUCCAAAAAGAUUACUAAAUGAUUGGUUCCACAGAUUUUUAAGAAACAGGUUUAAAGUUAAACGUUGUCAAGAAAUAAUAAAGUUAUCAAAUAUGAUGAUCAUCAGAAAUAAUGCUAAAGAUAUAUUAGAAGAAGAAGGUGUUGUUUAUCGGAUAGAAUGA